AUGAAGAAGAAACAAAUUAUUAACACUUUUGUGCUCUUCUGUGUAAUUAGUUACCUUGUUGCUGCUGUUGCCUUGCAAAGUUUGUGGAGCCUUUCGCUUGCCAUUGUUGAUGUAUAUGCACUUUCAGUGAGACGAUGUUUUCGGAACCCUGGAGUUGUCAGUUUGUUUGCCAUUGGUGAUGGGAUAACAUCUACUCUUACGUUUGCUGCUGCUUGUGCAUCUGCUGGCAUCACAGUCCUCAUUGGCAACGAUCUUGAUAGAUGUGACCUGAACCACUGCACGAGGUUCAUGUCGGCUACAGCCAUGGCUUUUAUAAGUUGGUUUGCCGUCUCUCCAUCCUUUCUCUUGAAUUUUUGGUCAUUGGCUUCCCGCUAA